AGGUGGAGCGGACAGCUCAUAGGCUGCUGUGGUGUAUGUGUGACAGGUUGAGAGACAGGCUGGGGAAGGCUGAAACGCUACCACAGUUCUGCAUAGAUGAGGAUUAAUUCACUGGCUUUUCACACACUCAUGUCUCAGCACACACACGUCUCUUAGCUGGGAGAUGCUGCAUUACGUCAUAACAAGCCACUGUCUCCCUAGAUGACCGUGGUGAGUACAGCCAUGUAGAAGAUGCAGAGGGAGCGAGAGACUGGGAGAUGAAGAUUGGCUGGAGGAGAGGAAUAGGAACGGAUUCAACCGCUGCCACUGGUCGCAAGGAGCGCCUGGUAGGAGAGGGGAUAGAGUGUUUCCUAGAGAGGAGGGCGAGGAGGAAGGGAGAGAAGGAGGAGGGAGAGGGGCAGCUGCCUUCGUGCGGUGACCGGCUCUGAUGGCUCCCCGGGAGAGUCAGAGACAGAAACACCGCGGCUGGGGAGGGACAGGAGGUAUUUUGGAAGUGACGUGGGUUCAGAGGAGGGUGUGUUUUGGUUCGGGACGAGAGGAAAGGGGAGGAACAUGGCAGCGCAGUCUGAUGGAGGGGGAGAAAUGGAGGAAGGAGUGGGGGAGGGGGUGUUUGAUGGAGACACAGAGGAAGACUGUCAGCCUCUGGACUCUGCAGCUAUCCACAUCUGUCUCUGCUGUCACUCUGCUGUCUGCUACUGGGGCUGUCGCUCCAACUGUCUGGGAAACCUGCUGGGGAAAGACACUACUGGAAGGAUCGGGGGUACCGGAGUUGGAGGUGGUAGGAGUUUGAGGGAGACUCGCUGCCCACCAGAGGAGGGACUGUGGCUGGACUGUCUCUGGUUGAUCCUGGCUCUCCUCGUCUUCUUCUGGGAUGUGGGAACAGAUCUGCUUCUCGCUGCAGACUACUAUGACAGACAGGACUAUCUGUGGUUUGGCCUGACGCUCUUCCUGGUGCUGGUGCCGUCGAUUGUAGUUCAGAUACUGAGUUUCCGCUGGUUCAUCCAGGACUACAGCGGAGAGUGUCUGACCACCUGGCUGGGGACGGUGGACUGCAGCAGGGGAGGAGAGAGAGAAAAGCUGACCAGGCAAGGGCCAACUGGCCACAGGGGGGUUUAUCCUGGAACAGACCGGGUCAGAGUGGCCUCAGUCUGGCUGUGGCAGAUCACCAUACACAUUCUACAGCUGGGACAGGUCUGGAGGUAUAUCCGUACUUUAUACCUGGGUAUCCAGUCCCACCGUAUGAAGGAGCAUAAGGAGGCACAGAGGAGGUUCUACUGGGCCAUGAUGUUUGAGUACGCAGACGUCAACAUGCUGCGGCUUCUGGAGACCUUCCUGGAGUCAGCUCCUCAACUAGUACUACAGCUCUGUAUUAUGAUACAGCAGAACCGGGCUGAGACUCUACAGUGUAUAUCUAGUCUAGGCUCUCUUCUGUCUCUAUCCUGGGUGUUGGCCUCAUACCACAAGCUCCUGCGCGACUCCAGAGACGACCAGCGCAGUCUGAGUUAUCGCGGUGCCCUCCUCCACCUUCUCUGGCGCCUCCUCACCAUCUCCUCCCGCGUUCUCUCUCUCGCCCUCUUCGCAUCCCUCUUCCACCUGUACUUUGGCAUCUUCGUGGUGCUCCACUGGUGUGGCAUGGCCCUGUGGGUGGUGCAUGGCGGAACAGACUUCUGUAUGUCUCGCUGGGAGGAGGUUUUGUUUAACAUGGUGGUGGGCAUCGUCUACAUCUUCUGUUGGUUCAAUGUCAAGGAGGGACACACCAGGGGACGCAUGGUGGCUUACUACUCUGUGGUACUGGCUGAGAACACACUGCUUACUGGACUGUGGUAUGUGUAUCGUGACCACGAAGAGACAGACAGCUACGCGGUUCCAGCGUUGUGUGGUGUCUACCUGUCCUUUACGGGUGGAGUACUGGUGAUGCUUCUGUACUACGGCCUUCUUCACCCCUCACACACACACCCCACCCCGGCAUCGACCUGGUGUGAUGAGCUGCUGUGGGGUAACCCCUUGCCCCCUUCAGCUCCGCCCACCCCAGCCCACCUUGCUUCCCCGUUUCACAGUGAUGACAUCAUCGCAGAAGGCUGUCUGCCGGUGUUCCAGGUGCGUUUGGAGCCCCCCACCUCGAGGCGUUUCGAAGGUCCUCUGAUAAAGAUUGACAUGCCCAGGAAACGUUACCCAGCCUGGGACGCUCACUACGUGGACAGACGGCUGCGAAGGACCAUCAACCUACUACAGUACCUGACGCCUGCAGCCGCAGGCAUACGAUACAGGGACAGACCUCUGCUCUAUGAACUACUGCAGUACGAGUCUUCUUUCUGACACAUACACACAUAGGCAAACACACAUAUUUACAAGUGCGCACAUGUAACCAAUGUGAAAUGGCUAGCUAUUUAGUGGUGCUCGCUAGUAGUGUUCAACCGGUGACCUCAUCCGCUCUGACCUAGAAGUAGUUGUUUCCCUUGCUAUGCAAGACCACAGCUUUUGUGGAGUAACAGGUAACGAUGCUUUGUGGAUGAUGGUUGUCCAUCUGUUCAGAGGGUCCCUGGUUCGAGCUCAGGUUGGGGCAAGGAGAGGGACGGAAGUGACACUGAUACACACAAAUGUGACUCUUCUCUCUGUUUUUAUCUCUUCAUCUCUGUUUUGUAUUCCUCACUCUGCUGAGAAGACUGGAUGGUGACAGAAGACAGCAUGUCAUGUUAUUUUCACAUCUUCAUGAAUAAUACUAAAAAAUAAUAAUAUGAAAUUAGAAAAAAUGUGAAUGUAAUAUAAACAGCGGCCUGAAAGCUGUCUCCUAGCUGGGAGUUUAUUAUCUUUAGUUUGGUUAACUUGGUGUUUAUUCUCUUUAGUUUGGUUAACUGGGUGUUUAUUCUCUAUAGUUUGGUUAACUGGGUGUUUAUUCUCUUUAGUUUGGUUAACUGGGUGUUUAUUCUCUUUAGUUUGGUUAACUGGGUGUUUAUUCUCUAUAGUUUGGUUAACUGGGUGUUUAUUCUCUUUAGUUUGGUUAACUGGGUGUUUAUUCUCUUUAGUUUGGUUAACUGGGUGUUUAUUCUCUUUAGUUUGGUUAACUGGGUGUUUAUUCUCUUUAGUUUGGUUAACUGGGUGUUUAUUCUCUUUAGUUUGGUUAACUGGGUGUUUAUUCUCUUUAGUUUGGUUAACUGGGUGUUUAUUCUCUUUAGUUUGGUUAACUGGGUGUUUAUUCUCUUUAGUUUGGUUAACUGGGUGUUUAUUCUCUUUAGUUUGGUUAACUGGGUGUUUAUUCUCUUUAGUUUGGUUAACUGGGUGUUUAUUCUCUAUAGUUUGGUUAACUGGGUGUUUAUUCUCUAUAGUUUGGUUAACUGGGUGUUUAUUCUCUUUAGUUUGGUUAACUGGGUGUUUAUUCUCUAUAGUUUGGUUAACUGGGUGUGUGAUCUCUUUAGUUUUUAACUAAAUGUGUAUAUAUUUAUAUGUACAGAGAUGUGUGUGUGUACUGUGUGUGUUGUGCCUGAUCUGUGAGUCAUAGUAAAUGAUGUUUGCUUGUUUGUUUGCUCAGGAAGGCACAACAUUACAGAACGUUAAGAUAGACAUGAAUUGUGUAGAACAGAUCAGAUUUUCUGUCAUGUAGAAUACGGAUAUGUGAUUCUCUUUCUGAUGAACUCAUCCCUGAGGUCGUCAUGGUGACAGAGACCUUUACCUGACUACGUCUGACCAUCCCUCCACCAAUCAACACUAAGCCUUCCACCAAUCAACUUUAUAUGGUGCAAAUAUAUAUGAAUAUACAGUACCAGUCAAAAGUUUGGACACACCUACUCAUUCCAGGGUUUUUCUUUAUUUUUACUAUUUUCUACAUUGUAGAGUAAUGGUGAAGAUGUCAGAACUAUGAGAACUAUGAAAUAACACAUAUGGAAUCAUGUAGUAACCAACAAAAAUGUUAAACAAAUCAAAAUAUAGUUUAUAUUUUAGAUUC